AUGGAGACGACUGGCCGCAGAGUCGUCCAGAUGAGCGAUUGGGCUCCUGCCCAAGAGGCCAUGUUCGAAGAAUCCACGUCGGGGGUGGCCAACCAGACACUCGUCGAAGAAGAAAAUCGGACCGCAACCCCAACUCAAUCGCGGUUCAGGAGCAUGAGUGUCUCGCUCGCCUGGCGAUCUCGGCCAAAGUCUGGCUUCUUCGAGGACGAUCAUGGGGGACAGAACCUGGCACUCGAGAAGAGCAAGAGCCACGGCUUUGGGGGUAGGCAUGACGAUGGAAAUAGCAGCCAAGGUUCCUCGUCGAAGCCGGAACACCACCACAACAUUAAGCGGAUGCUCCGGCGCGCCUCGGUUUCGUUGCGGUCUGGAGUCAAGGGGUUCGUCCACCAGAGAACAUCGGUCCCCGCUGCGGCUGCUUUGGACGCCGAUGGCCAACAGCAACGGCCCCGUUUAUUUCUCUCGCCAGGCCAGGGCGCUUCGCCCCAUGCCGCUGCUCGACCCACGACCUCCCACUCGACGUGGCACCGCCUCCGACAGGCUACAAGCUUCCACCGCCAUUCCCGCAUGCUCUACACCGGACACGGCGAGCGCACGUUCGAACUCGACCCCAGUCCGAUCGAAUCCCCGACGUUCCCCGUUCCGGGCUCCGGCGAGCAGCCGCCCAUCAUCCCUCGCAAUACGGGCGCGGCAGCGCGGCAGGCAGCUGCAAGCGCAUGCAAUGGCGUGCAGGGAUACGAAUUCAUGGAGACUGUUGUGCCGCGGCCGGGUUGGCUAGCCGAAGACGGACUUGACGAUCGCGAGAGCGGAAUUGGCAUUGCUCUUACAAGCUCCGAGAUGGAGACAUAUGUCCCGGCCGACGAGACUGAUAUUGUCAAGGUUGACUUCAUAUCCCAGCUUCCCACCGAGCUGGCGAUCCAGAUCCUUGCCCAGUUGGACGCCACAACGCUGUCUACCGCCAGUCGAGUGAGCCGAGACUGGAGUCAGGUUGUGAGGAAUCAACACAUCUGGCGCGAGUCCUUCUUGCGGGAGCAUACAACGACUUAUGCGACAAGCCGGCCCGUCAAGCCAGGCACAGGCUUGGGUGUGCCCGCCAUCCAACCGGGUAACGACUGGAGGGAGAUGUACAGGGCCAAGUCGGAACUGGAUAAACGAUGGAAGAAGGGCAAGGCGGAAGAGGUCUACUUGAACGGGCAUACGGACAGCAUUUACUGCCUCCAAUUUGACGAGUCCAAGAUCAUCACUGGCUCUCGCGACAGGACAAUCCGUGUUUGGGACCUUCACACCUUCGCAUGCAAGCUCGUCAUCGGUCCCCCGGAAGUGGUCAACGACGGAUCAUUCGCUUUGCUCUACGACGAGAACGGCAACCCAGUCCAUUAUGCUACCGUCCCGGACCUGCUACGCACUACCGACGGGCAGCCCCGGAACCUAAUACGUGCCCACCACUCAACGCCAGCGCUCUAUGCUCCACCCAUCCACCACAAGGCUUCGAUUCUCUGCCUGCAAUAUGACGACCGAAUCUUGGUAACAGGCUCCUCGGACUCCACAUGCAUCGUGUACAACAUUCACUCCGGAUACCGUCCAAUCCGACGACUCAAACAUCACAAUGCAGCGGUGCUCGACUUGGUUUUUGACGAUAAACACAUUGUUACGUGCUCCAAAGACAUUUCUAUCUGCGUAUGGGAUCGUGCCACCGGGAACCUGUUGAAGCAGUUGCGAGGGCACACUGGCCCGGUCAACGCGGUUCAGAUGCGUGGAAACACCAUUGUGUCGUGCAGUGGCGACUUCCGCGUCAAGCUGUGGAAUAUUGACACGGGCAAAAACAUUCGCGAGUUUUUGGGCCACAACAAGGGUCUCGCGUGCAGCCAGUUCUCGGAAGACGGACGAUACGUCGCGUCGGCUGGCAACGACAAGGUCAUUCGUAUCUGGGACGCAAACACGGGCGAGUGCGUACACGAAAUGAAGGCCCACGAUAACCUCGUGCGCAGUCUGCACGUCGACAGCGUGUCUGGGCGGCUGAUUAGCGGCAGCUACGACUCUGACAUCAAAGUCUGGGACAUGGAGUCUGGAGAGGCAUUGCUCGACUUCCCCAAGUGGCACAGCAGCUGGGUCUUGAGCGCCAAAAGUGACUACCGCCGCAUUAUCAGCUCCGGACAGGACCCCAAGAUCCUAAUCCUGGACUUUGGUGCUGGUGUCAGGGGCAUCGAAAUGCUCGAGAGCAGACCGCCUCUGCGGCAGAGUGGGGUGGCUGUUGAGGCUGGAGGAUACAUCUGA